AUGAGGACAGAGGACAUUUUGUACAUAGGGCGUUGAGCUGCCUCACGCGGGACAGAUUCUGGAAACAGGAAGAAAAGCGUUUUUCUAACGUCAAACUGCAGAAAUGAGUAGAAAGAGGAAGUUGGGUGACAGCGCUGCGGCCUCCAGCUCUGAGUCAUCAGUCAGUUCACACACGACAGCAGGUGGGUCCGAAGGUCCCAGUGGAGACUCCUGUAGGAGUGAUAGAUCCAAGCACGUACCACCUAACAUUGGAGAUGGGAGUCCUGAAGGUUCACAGACGACAACUGAUGGGUCCCUGGGUCCAGGUGGAGUCUCCUGGAAGAGUGAUAGAUCCAAGCACGUACCACCUAACAUUGGAGAGAAGAGGCCUAAAAGUUCACACAAGACAACAGAUGGGUCCGAGGGUCCCGGUGGAGACUCCUUGAGGAGUGAUAGAUCCAAGCACGUACCACCUAACAUAGGAGCUGAUAGUCCUGAAAGCCAGAUGAGUGAGGAACCACCCAGCCUGUCAUGUAAACAAUGUCUCACGUCAGACUGGGAUGAGUCGGACUCCCCUUGUCCGACGUGUGAAAAGAAACGGCAUGAACUAUCUCAAAGCCAUAGAGAUCAUACCGGGCUCCAGCAUCUCUUCAAAUUAAAAGAUAAUUUUAAAGAAGAUAUGCGGACAAAAUUUACCUUCACAUCUGAAGGUACUGGUGACGAUCGGGUUUCUUUGGACAACAUCUACACAGAACUCUUCAUCACCGCUGGAGAGAUCGGAGGGCAAGAAGCAGAGCAUGAGUUCAGUCAGCUGGAACGUAAAUUGAAAAUGACUUCAUUGUAUAAACAUACAGUGAACCUCAAGGAUAUAUUCAGACCUUCGUCUGGUCAAGAGAAAACCCAAAGAAUAGUUCUGACGAAGGGCAUGGCAGGGAUCGGAAAGUCUUUUUCUGUGCAGAAAUUCAUCUACGACUGGGCCAAGGGGAAUACAAACACAGAUAUUGAUUUUGUUUUCUAUUUUGCUUUCCGAGAGCUGAAUUUGAGUUCAGGUGAGAAAAGUUUGCACAAGCUCCUGACCGACUUCCACCCUGUACUCCAUGAUUUGGAAAGUCCAGAGCUUUAUUCCAAAACCAAGGUUGUAGUGAUCCUGGACGGCCUGGAUGAAAGCAGACUCAAACUGGAUUUUGAGAGCAUUGAGAGGCAGACAUCUCUGAGUGAAGAAACAUCUCUGGGUACUCUCCUAGUAAACCUGAUCCAGGGUAACCUUCUCCCGGAUGCUAAAGUCUGGAUCACUUCUCGUCCAUCAGCAGCCAGUCAGAUCCCAGCAAAGUAUGUUGACAUGGUGACAGAGAUAAGAGGGUUCAAUGAUACACAGAAAACUGAAUAUUUCAGGAGGAGAUUUAGUCAUGACUUAGGUCUGGCUGAGAGGAUCACUUCACAUAUCCACUCUUCACAACAUCUCCAAGUUAUGUGCAAGAUACCAAUCUUCUGCUGGAUUUCUGCCAUAUUAUUGCAGGAAGUGUUUGCUGAAGACAAGAACGCUGAAAUUCCUCAAACUCUGACAGAGAUGAUGGCACAUUACCUGUUUGCUAUGACCAAACGUAGAAACAGAAAAUAUGACAAGAAGCGCAAGGAAAACUUUCUGAUAACACAUAGAGAAUUUCUUCUGAAACUGGGAAAGCUUGCGUUUGAUCAUCUGCAGAAGAACAGCCUCAUUUUCUAUGAGGAAGACCUGGAAGCCUAUGGCAUUGACAUAAAAGAAGCAUCUAUCCACUCUGGAUUUUGCACCUCAGUUCUUAGGGAGGAAAAUGUCUUUUCCCAUAAAAAGGUUUUCUUCUUUGUUCAUCUGACCAUUCAGGAGUUCUUUGCAGCUCUCUACGUUUAUGACUGUUUCAUGAACAAGAAAACGACAGAGCUCAACGACUUCCUGAAACUGAAGGACAAAGAACAAACUUUACUUGAGCUUCUGAAAGCCACAGUUGAGAUAGUGUUGAAGGAGAAGAAUGGCCACCUGGUCUACUUCUUACGAUUCCUCCUGGGCCUCCUGGUUGAAGCUAAUAUGAGAGUCCUUCAUGGUCUCCUUACAUUGCCGGACCCAAGCCAAGAUAUCAACAAGAAAAUAUUAACUUACCUGAAAUCCAUCCGGAGAAAGACCAUCUCUCCAGAAGGUAGUAUCACCCUCUUCAGAGCCAUGGUUGAAAUGAGAGACCAGAAAGUCAAAGAAGAGAUUGAGGAAUUUUUGAAGAUAGAAGAUGGUUCAAAACCUGAGCUGUCUCCUCUGCACUGCUCUGCUCUGGCCUACAUGCUGCAGAUCUCGAAGAAUGAUCUGGAUUUGUUGGACUUGAAGAGUUACAACACAUCUGAUGAGGGCAGAAGGAGGCUGAUACCGGCAGUGAGGAGCAGCAGAAAGGCCAUACUGGCAUCCUGCAACGUGACGGCAGAGCGGGUUGAGCAUGUGGCCCUUGGUCUCACGUUUCCCUGGUCACCUCUGAGAGAUCUGGACCUGAGCAACAAUGACCUGCAAGAUUCAGGAGUUAAGCUGCUCUGUGAUGGUCUGAAGAGUCAAUACUGCAAACUGAAAACACUGAGUUUGUCAGGUUGUCUGGUGACAAAGACUGGAUGUGAGUAUCUGGCUUCGGCUCUUGAGUCCAACCCCUCCCACCUGAAAGUACUGGACCUGAGCUACAAUGAUCCAGGAGCGUCAGGAAUCAACCUUCUCUCUAAGCUGCAAGAAGAUCCAAAAUACAAGCGCGAUAUCAAGUUUGAUCAUUAUGGAAGUCACCGGAUGAAACCAGGAUUCAAGAAAUAUGCCUGUGAGCUCACGUUUGACCCCAACACAGCUCAUAAGAACCUCCGCCUGUCUGAAGAAAACAAGAAGGUGACCUGGGGUGAAGAGCAGCAGUCGUAUCGCCCUCACCCAGAGAGGUUUGACCAGUGCCCACAAGUGCUGUGUGAGCAGAGUCUGGAUGGGUGCUGCUACUGGGAGAUGGACGUGACGGAGCCCUUCAACAUUGGGGUAACAUACAAACCCACUCGCAGGAGCAGGGAUGUGGACGAUUGCAAGCUGGGAUGCAACGACAAGUCUUGGAGUCUGAUUUGCUCCGAUGAGGGUUGUUACACUCUGCACUGCAGCCAGAGAGUCAGUGUAUCCUCCCUCUGCCAGCGCUCCAGUCGGGUGGGAGUGUACCUGGAUUGGCCGGGUGGAAGUCUGUCCUUCUACAGAGUUCAAACCAACAAUUGGGUCCACCUCCAUACCUUCAGAACCACGUUCAGUGAGGCCCUCUAUCCCGCUGUCGAACUCCGCACUCAUUCUUCUGCAUUAUUUUUUUCAGAGAAAUCUCAGGACUCCAACAACUCAAAGUCUCAAAGACGUCAAAAAAUGAGUAGAAAGAGGAAGUUGGGUGACAGUGCUGCAGCCUCCAGCCCUGAGUCAUCAAUCAGUUCACAGACGACUACAGACUGGUCCCAGGGUCCAGGUGGAGUCUCCUGUAGGAGUGAUGCAUCCAUGGACAUACCACCUGACAUAGGAGCUGAGAGUCCUGAACGUUCACACACGACGGAUGGGUCCUUGGGUCCCGGUGGAGUCUCCUGGAGGAGUGAUGCAUCCAUGCGCAUACCACCUGACCUAGGAGCGGAGAGUCCUGAAAGCCAGAUGAGUGAGGAACCACCCAGCCUGUCAUGCAAACGUCUCACGUCAGACUGGGAUGAGUCGGACUCCUCCUGUCCGACGAGUGAAAAGAAACGUCAAAAACUAUCUCAAAGCCAUAGAGAUGAUACCGGGCUCCAGCAUCUCUUCAAAUUAAAGGAUAAUUUUAGAGAAGAAAUGCGGAAAAAAUUUACCUUCACAUCUGAAGGUACUGGUGACGAUCGGGUUUCUUUGAACAACAUCUACACAGAACUCUUCAUCACCGCUGGAGAGAUCGGAGAGCAACAAGCAGAGCAUGAGUUCAGUCAGCUGGAACGUAAAUUGAAAAUGCCUUCAUUGUCUAAGUAUACAGUGAACCUCAAGGAUAUAUUCAGAUCUUCGUCUGGUCAUGAGAAAACCCAAAGAAUAGUUCUGACGAAAGGUCUUGCAGGGAUUGGAAAAUCUUUUUCUGUGCAGAAAUUCAUCUACGACUGGGCCAAGGGGGAUACAAACACAGAUAUUGAUUUUGUUUUCUAUUUUCCUUUCGGAGAGCUGAAUUUGAGUUCAGGCGAUAAAAGUUUGCACAAGCUCCUGAUCGACUUCCACCCUGUACUCGGCAAUUUGGAAAGUCCAGAGCUUUAUGCCAAAACCAAGGUUGUAGUGAUCCUGGACGGCCUGGAUGAAAGCAGACUCAAACUGGACUUUGAGAACUUUGAGAGGCAAACAUCUCUGAGGGUAGAAACAUCUCUGGAUAUUCUCCUAGUAAACCUGAUCCAGGGUAACCUUCUCCCGGAUGCUAAAGUCUGGAUCACUUCUCGUCCAUCAGCAGCCAGUCAGAUCCCAGCAGAGUGUGUCGACAUGGUGACAGAGAUAAGAGGGUUCAAUGAUACACAAACAAGUGAAUAUUUCAGCAGGAGAUUUAGUCAUGACUUAGGUCUGGCUGAGAGGAUCACUUCACAUAUCCACUCUUCACAACAUCUCCAAAUUAUGUGCCAGAUACCAAUCUUCUGCUGGAUUUCUGCCAUAUUAUUCCAGGAAGUGUUUGCUGAAGACAAGAACGCUGAAACUCCCCAAACUCUGACAGAGAUGAUGGCACAUUACCUGUUUGCUCUGACAAAACACAGAAACAGAAAAAUUGACAAGAAGACCAAGGAAAACGUUCUGAUAACACAGAGAGAAUUUAUUCUGAAACUCGGCAAGCUUGCAUUUGAUCAUCUGCAGAAGAACAGCCUCAUUUUCUAUGAGGAAGACCUGGAAGCCUAUGGCAUUGACAAAGAAGAAGCAUAUAUCCUCUCUGGAUUUUGCACCUCAGUUCUUAGGGAGGAAGAUGUCUUUUCCCAUAGAAAGGUUUUCUUCUUUAUUCAUCUGACCAUUCAGGAGUUCUUUGCAGCUCUCUACGUUUAUGACUGUUUCAUGAACAAGAAAACGACAGAGCUCAACGACUUCCUGAAACUGAAGGACAAAGAACUAACUUUACUUGAGCUCCUGAAAGUCACAGUUGAGAUAGUGUUGAAGGAGAAGAAUUGCCACCUGGUCUACUUCUUACGAUACCUCCUGGGCCUCCUGGUUGAAGCUAAUAUGAGAGUCCUUAAGGGUCUCCUAACAUUGCCGGACCCAAGCCAAGAUAUCAACAAGAAAAUAUUAACUUACCUGAAAUCCAUCCGGAGAAAGACCAUCUCUCCAGAAGGUAACAUCAUCCUUUUCAGGGUCAUGAUUGAAAUGAGAGACCAGAAAGUCAAAGAAGAGAUUGAGGAAUAUUUGAAGACAGAAUAUGGUUCAAAACCUGAGCUGUCUCCUCUGCACUGCUCUGCUCUGGCCUACAUGCUGCAGAUCUCGAAGAAUGAUCUGGAUUUGUUGGACUUGAAGAGUUACAACACAUCUGAUGAGGGCAGAAAGAGGCUGAUACCAGCAGUGAGGAGCAGCAGAAAGGCCAUACUCUCAUCCUGCAACGUGACGACCGAGUUCGUUGAGCAUGUGGCCUUUGGUCUCACGUUUCCCUGGUCACCUCUGAGAGAUCUGGACCUGAGCGACAAUGACCUGAAAGAUUCAGGAGUUAAGCUGCUCUGUGAUGGUCUGAAGAGUCAAUACUGCAAACUGAAAACACUGAGAUUGUCAGGUUGUCUGGUGACAAAGACUGGAUGUGAGUAUCUGGCUUCGGCUCUGGAGUCCAACCCCUCCCACCUGAAAGAACUGAACCUGAGCUACAAUGAUCCAGGAGCGUCAGGAAUCGACCUUCUCUCUACGAUGAAACAAGAUCCAAAAUACAAACUCAGCAUUCUCAAGUUUGAUCAUUGUGGAAGUCAAAGGAUGAUACCAGGAUUCAAGAAAUAUGCCUGUGAGCUCACGUUUGACCCCAACACAGCUCAUAAGAACCUCCGCCUGUCUGAAGAAAACAGGAAGGUGACCUGGGGGGAAGAGCAGAAGUCACAUCGCCCUCACCCAGAGAGGUUUGACCAGUGCCCACAAGUGCUGUGUGAGCAGAGUCUGGAUGGGUGCUGCUACUGGGAGGUGGAAGUGACAGAGCCCUUCAACAUUGGGGUGACAUACAAACCCACUCGCAGGAGUGGGGAUGUGGACGAUUGCAAGCUGGGAUGCAACGACAAGUCUUGGAGUCUGAUUUGCUCCGAUGAGGGUUGUUACACUCUGCACUGCAGCCAGAGAGUCAAUGUAUCCUCCCUCUGUCAGCGCUCCAGUCGGGUGGGAGUGUACCUGGAUUGGCCGGGUGGAAGUCUGUCCUUCUACAGAGUUCAAACCAACAAUUGGGUUCACCUCCAUACCUUCAGAACCACGUUCAGUGAGCCCCUCUAUCCCGCUGUCGAACUCCGCACUCAUUCCUCUGCAUUAUUUUGUUAACCACUGUGACUAAACUCUGACCUCGUUCAUGUGCAACACUAAUCAAGUGUGUAGAUUAGAGCUUUGUCAACACUAAUAAAGUUGUUCCACUAUGUUUGGGCCUCUUGUCCAAACAGCGUUUUAAGUCUCUACAUUGGAGAUUUUUUACAAGUGCCUUCCAAAGUGCAGAUUUUCAAAAACAAUGCAUGCUCAUUGAUGCUUUGUUUAUGCUAUAGGUCUAAGUACAAGUUAUCAGCUGUAUUUAGCAUCUCAGCACUACAUUACCAUUUAGUCACAGGCGUGAUGUGCCUCACUCAAUGUUACUCUGAUCACAGCUUUCUUUUCUAGCUUCUGACAGAUCGUCAAAAUUGCACUUUCUUGAUUGUUGUUGUGGGUUCGUACCCUCAUGGUCGAAUAAACUUAUUGUAAGUUGCUUUGGAUAAAAGCGUCAGCUAAAUGUAAUAUAAUGUAAAGAGCAUUAAUAGCGACCUGAUCGCCACCUACUGGCCCAGAGGCUUGUUUGAGCAUUUGUAGUGUUAAGAAAGCUGAUAUUUGCAAGUUAGUGGGUUGAGGGUUCUGUAUAACUACUGAAAUGUCUAUCUUGUUUCUGUUUUGUAUUUUAUAACCUGUAGUUAUAAUAUUCCAUCAAAUCGUUAACGUUCCAUUAAGCUACGAAGUGUUUAUUCUAAACAAUGCUGCAAAUACUUGUAUCUUUCUGAUAUUUUCCUUUACACAUGGCAAAUAUUGCACUUUUGUCCGUCCUGGAAGAGGGAUCCUCACAUGUGACUGAGGUGUCUACGUUCUUUUUACCCUGUUAAAAGUUUUAUUUUUUUAAUUUUUUCCUCACUGUUGUUGAGGGUUAAGAACAGAGGAUGUCACACAUGAAGAAUGCUGAUAUUUUCAAAUUAGUGGGGUGAGGGUUCUUUAUAACUACUGAAAUGGGUAUCUUGUAUUUUAUAAUCUAUAUUUAUAUAAUAUAUUGUAUUGGCUUUGUACUGCGAGUGGUUUAAAUUCUGCAGUUUGUAUCGUUUUGGUAAAGAAGGGUUUAAUAAACAUUUUAUAUCUUU